GCAGGCGAAGCAAGCAUUGUGAGUCAGAUUCUGUGCAUUGUUCCAUGCCCUGCCCCCUAGAGAAUACGGCGCUUACAGUGAGGCAGAACAGAGGUAUAGAGAGUGAAGAUCUCAGACACGGAUUAGGGCUUGUUGCUAGCUUACCUCCUGCCGGCUACCACGUUCUGUUCACACAGCCACUACGUUCGGUCCCUUACACCAGCGUGCCGUAGAGACAGGCUCUUAAUAAUCCCCUAGAAGCUAAACACAUCCAACCCGCCGAAUGGCCGCGGUUGCGCACGUGACGGGAGGGCGCGCGCUCGCGACUGUCCAAUUCGCGAGCGCAUGUGGCAGCUUGGCCGAUAGGAGCACAUUGCGACUCCUGUCGGCGGGCCAUCGGGGAAGAAGCAGCUCGUGCAGCCGCCGUCGCGUGCCGGCGUCACAACGUGUCACCAGCAAGAUGGUCAUCCCAGGGUUCGGCGAGUCUCCCGAGGCCAAGUCCGCGGCGUCGCUGCACAACUUCUUCACCUACAUCGCCGUGCGCAUCGUGCUCUCGCAGCUGCAGGCGUACAACCGCGAGGGGUAUGCGGAGCUUAAGGAGUUCACGGACCGCGUGCCUCUUAAGGACGGCGACCAGUUCUGCGCCGCGCUCAUGCGCGAGAGCCCGCGGCACAAGCAGCUCGCCAUGAGGAUUCUCGAGGUUCGCCAAGCCUAUGCACUGGAGGAUUUCGAAUGGGACAACCUCCGAGCCGUGUCAUUCCAGCGAAUGGAGGAGGGCAACACGCGACUGAUGCGGGACUUCCUCAUGGAGACCAGCCGCUUUGACUGAUCGCACGCACGCUGCAUGCCAGGUUCAGCGUGUUGCUGCUGAGGGAUCAGCUGCACGCACUGCUGGUGCAGGCGCUCGCACUAUUCAGAGAGUAUGUCGUCAACUUCUGAGGAGAUGGAUCUUAGGUUAUAUCCUGUAUAGGCAUCAACCUCCAGAUGUGUGAGGUAGAAGAUAUGCUAUCAAUCUAUAUUUCGCGAGAGCAGCAACUAGUUUACGCAAACAAGUUUAUUAAGUGUAGGUACUGUUAUGUUGUACAGAUUUCAGCUAA